AUGAACUACGUGACCCCAGUGAGUGUGAGGUUCAGAGUCACUGCGAAGGAAAUGGAUGGAGACGCCCCUGCGUGGAGCAGCACGGAGUCCCCAGGUGCAGCCGCGGUGACCGGUUACCGCAGAGGCCUACCCACACCGAGGGGGUCGAGGGGAUCGAAGCGGCCUCGGUCCCUCUCCCCGCGCAGGAGUGAGAAGCCGCGCAGGUUUCAGAGCCCCGCUAGGAAAGGCGCCCGCGGGGCCUGGCUCAGAGACCUGGAGGGGAGCGCAGAGGACCGCCGUGCACUUCCCGGCCUGCAUCUCCUCGUCUGGUCUCCGAGCUCUCCACUGUGCACGGCGGUGCAGACGGAGCAGAGGGACAUCUACGUGGUACUAAAGCACACACCCACCCUUCGCUCCAACCGCUCGCUGAACACCGGCCCGGCCACGGCGGACUCGACCCGGGCCCUUGGCAUCUCCCAGCGUGGUCGCAACGCCAGCACCCGCAGAUCUCAAGGGCUCGUGAGAGUCUCCCCCGGGCCGGAGGGCGCCGCGGGGGCCCGGCUGCCCCCGGAGACCGGUCGCGCAGGGAAGGAGCCCGAGGCGGCGCCGCCGAGCCCGGGCAAAGGCAGCGGGGCGGGCGGGCCGGCCGCGGAGAAGCCGGACCCGGCGCAGAAGCCGCCGUACUCGUACGUGGCGCUCAUCGCCAUGGCCAUCCGCGAGAGCGCCGAGAAGAGGCUCACGCUGUCGGGCAUCUACCAGUACAUCAUCGCCAAGUUCCCGUUCUACGAGAAGAACAAGAAGGGCUGGCAGAACAGCAUCCGCCACAACCUCAGCCUCAACGAGUGCUUCAUCAAGGUGCCGCGCGAGGGCGGCGGCGAGCGCAAGGGCAACUACUGGACGCUGGACCCGGCCUGCGAGGACAUGUUCGAGAAGGGCAACUACCGGCGCCGCCGCCGCAUGAACCCUGCCAGCCCAGCCACCGCGGCGCCCCCGGCGCCCGCGCCCACCAGCGCCCCGGGCCUGCAGUUCGCCUGCGCCCGGCAGCCAGAGCUCGCCAUGAUGCAUUGCUCCUACUGGGACCACGACAGCAAGACCGGCGCGCUGCACUCGCGCCUCGAUCUCUGAGAGCCCGUCGCAGGCCGGCGCCGUCGGAUGCAGGGACGCGCGACAGCAGCUCUGCCCGCCACCGCGGUCAGCCAGAACGUGCGUCCGCCCGGGCCGCCUCCGAGCCAGCGCCCGCGGCCGGUCUGCGCCCCCUUGCUCCCCUCCGCUCCUUUGUCCCCUCCGCUUCUCCCGUGCUCGCUCCCACUCUCUGCGCCCUCUCUGCUCCGACCCGAGGCCGCCUCUCCGCGCGCGUUCGUUCUCCAGGCCUCGCCUGCUCCCGGCGCCCCGGCGUCUCGGCUGGACACCCCACGCCAGAAUUCACCGUGGAGAGACAGCGCCCGCGCCCGGGUGCAGCCGGGUCCGCGGCGCGGAUCUCCUGGCCUUCUCUCGCAGGUCGGUGCGCUCCCACUCCGCGUUCCCGGCCCGGCUGCGGCGCGGUCUGGGCUAGAGGCACCGGGGUAGGCUGCGACCGGACCCGCGUGGCGCCAGAAAGGGACAGAUGUGUCUGUUUGCCCCGAGAACCCUUUUGGAGCUGUUCUGAGGCCUCUUGCCGCAGGACCCACCCGGCCGGAAAGAGGUUGGGACCAAGCGGGGAGACGAGGCAGCCCCCUCUGCGGCCUGCGCUCGGGUCUACGCCACAUCCCAGCACCGGGGUUUCCUCCCCUCUCCAUCCCGGCUCCUGGGCACCUCCAGAACCCGGCGGCUGGCGAGUGUUUUGCUAAAAUGAUCGAAGGGGCUUUUUUAGAUACAAUUUAAAAAAAAAUUAUUUUAAGGAAACAAAAUUCACCGAGAAAACCUGCGAAGCACUGUGGCCUUGAAGUUUGCUAAAGCCACCAUAAAAAUCAAAAGCUUUAGUGUUCCUCAUCUUCUCUUUGGGAAGAAUCGCAGUAAAGUUCCCGUUGGGUCUUCAAAAAGCUGUGUUCAGAGAGGUAGGAGAAUACGCCCAGUGAAAGAUGUCUGCUUCCUCGAAUUGGGGGAGUUUACCCCUCUCCCGAUCUGGAAAAAAAAAAUCAAAUUCUAAUUUCCCCAGAUCUUCCGAUGAAAGUCCACGACGCCGGGAGGUCACUGCGUGGCUGGCGCGUCCUGGAGGGCUAGCACGCCCCUCUCCCUCUCCGAGUUUUUGUUUUGCAAACGUCUUGCUUCUCCCACCUUGGGAAGGAGAACUGUGAAGCCAGGCCCCGGUCAGCGGUGGACUGGUGGCCCGGACUGUGGCCCUGAGCCAUCAGCACGAAAACCCUAGACCAGAUUGUCUUGUAGUUUGUCGUUUGGGGGACCAAAUUUUCUAGAGAGAACUAGAGCACUUUUGUUGUACUUUUUUUUUUUUUUUUUUUUUUGCCUUGUCAAUUCUCGAAUAAAUUUUUUGUUCUUUCUUUUAACACGGACUUCUUAUUUCUGUCGCACCUACAUUAGUGCAGAAGCUAGUUAAAAGAGGGAAAAGAUUUUCAGCAAAAAUGUCUCUUUUGCAGAGCUAGCGAAACAAGAGUUGAGGACAGCCAGGGCGGUGGGCGUUUGUGGCGGCGCUGCGGCUUUGUUUUCCUAGGGAUUGUUUGUUUUCUGUGUCCUCGCCGGUCUGUUGUGGCUGUUUAACCUCGGGGGGAGCUGAUCUGCCGUGGGCUGUUUACUGGGCCUGUCUGUAGGUAGCAUUAGUUCUAUUUUGCACCUAUGCAAAUCUGGAUUUUACCUCUUAUAUCAUUGUACUAGGUGCAUAUAAUCCUCGUUCUUUUGUUUUCCAAAUCCACGGGAGCAGCCUGAAGAGUUUAUUCAAAGUAGAUAAAAUCUUGGUUGUGGAAAUGCGUGGUAACCUCAAACCUCUGUACAAAUGUAAUGAACGGAUUCCUUUCUUAUUUUUAAUCAUGGAAAUUCACUUACCUUGAGAUAUGGUAAGAGAUGUGGGGGUUGAACGUACUGAGUUGCUGGAAAAAAAAUCAUCUUUCUUUCUCUUCCUUGUCUGAGAUCUUCAAAUAACGAAUUAAGAGCCUUGCGUCCGUCAGCACACACAGGUGUUUGAUCUGGGUGCAAUCUGACUCUUUUCCGUGGAUUAGAAGUGGUCAACCUUCAGUAUUCUGAUGGGGUGACAAGUACGUGACUUGGGCGCAGCUGGGUCCAGACCCCAGCCCAGGCAUGUGUCUCUCACCCGCACCCUCCAUUU